UCCUGCCUCUAGGCCACUUGCUGCAGCUGAGUUACUGUGAAAGGCUCAUCUUCUCUAGGCUGUCGGGCUUCUCUCUCACUGAAUCCCAGCUGCCAGAAUGGUGGUAGAGCUUUAUCUGGAUCUCCUCUCCCAGCCCUGCCGAGCCCUCUUUAUAUUUGCCAAAAAAAACAACAUCCCAUUUGAGUUCAAGCAUGUGGAGCUGCUAAAAGGGCAACACCUUAGUGAAGAGUUUGGCAAGGUGAAUGUGCUGAAGAAAGUACCAGCGUUAAAGGAUGGAGCCUUCACCUUAGCAGAGAGCAUUGCGAUCCUUCUCUAUCUGAGCCGAAAAUUCAACACCCCUGAUCACUGGUACCCUUCAGACCUGCAGAAACGGGCCCGGGUUGAUGAGUACUUGUCCUGGCAGCACACUACCAUUCGGGAGAAAGGGUGCCAAAUUUUCAUAAUCAAGGUACUGGCGCCUCUCCUUAUAGGCCAGCCAUUUUCUCCAGAGAAGCUAGAGGAGGCUGUCAAGGAACUGAAUUCUGUUCUGAAUCAGUUUGAGGAGAAGUUCCUUCAGAACAAGCCCUUCAUUGUGGGCAACGAGAUCUCCUUGGCAGACCUGAUGGCCAUUGUGGAGCUCAUGGAGCCUGUAGGAUGUGGCUGUGACAUCUUUGAGAACAGGCCAAAGCUGGUGGAGUGGCGCAGCCGGGUGGAGGAAGCUGUGGGGAAGGAGCUCUUCCAGCAAGCACAUGAGAUACUCCUGAAUGCCAAGAAUCUGAGCACCACUCAACUUCCCCCAGAACUGAGGGAAUCUAUGAAACGGCUUCUAAAACCUUGAAUUAAAAAGGGGAAGUGUUCCUCUAAACAAAGCUAAUCCUGUGUGGGUUUUUCCUGCAUGUUUCACUCCCUUCUCCAACACCACAUGUCAGUGGCCUUCCUGCCCAAAAGGCAAGAACAGCAUCUUACUAACAAUAUUUUAACCACAGCCCUUCCACGAUUUACAGAAGGGGAGAUACUAUCUUUUGUUGUUACAAACACUGAAUCACCCCUGUAGACAUGUGAGCUGCAGUAUUGGUAGGGCUC